AUGAACAGAUUUGAAAAGACUUGUGAGGUACUACAGGAACAUAAAACCCUUUUGAAGAAGACGUUUCAGUGUUUAGCUGAAGGAAUCUCAGAGAAGGAAAACCCCACACUCCUCAAUGAGAUCUACACAGAGGUCUACAUCACAGAGGGGGGCAGUGGAGAGGUCAAUGAUGAACACGAGGUCAGACAGAUUGAGGCAGCAUCCAAGAGAUCAGCUACAGACGACAAACCAAUCAAGUGCAAUGACAUCUUUAAACCCUUAGCUGGACAAGAACAGGAUAUUAGAACUGUGCUGACAAAGGGAGUGGCCGGCAUUGGAAAAACGGUCUCUGUGCAGAAGUUUAUUCUCGACUGGGCUGAAGGAAAAGCUAAUCGGGAUGUCGACUUCAUCUGCCCUCUACCUUUCCGGGAGCUUAACUUAAUAAAAGAGGAACACCUUAGUAUGGUGGGUCUGAUUAAACGAUUCUUUGGUGAAGAUUUCAGCAUAUUCACUGAUGACAAAUGCAAAGUGCUGUUCAUCUUCGAUGGUCUCGAUGAGUGCCGGAUUCCUUUGAAUUUCCACACCAGCCCAAAGUUUUGUGAUUUAACAGAAGCAACAACAGUGUCUGAUUUGCUGACAAACCUCAUCAAGGGGAAUCUGCUGCCCUCUGCUCUCCUGUGGAUUACCGCCAGACCAGCAGCAGCCAAUCAGAUCCCUCUUGAGUGUGUGGACCAGGUGACAGAGGUACGGGGGUUCAAAGACCCCCAGAAGGAAGAGUACUUCUGGAAGAAAAUUAGUGAUAAGAGCCUAGCUAACAGAACCAUCAGACACCUGAAGUCAUCCAGGAGCCUCUUCAUCAUGUGCCACAUUCCUGUCUUCUGCUGGAUUUCAGCCACUGUUAUCGAGAUAAUGUUGAGGGAAAGAGACACAGGAGAGAUCCCCAAGACUCUCACCCAGAUGUACACUCAAUUCCUAAUGAUUCAGACAGAAGUCAAACAGAAAUACACAAACAGACAAGAGACGGAUGAAGGGAUGAUUUUAAAACUGGGUAAACUAGCUUUUCAGCAGAUGCAGAAGGGGAACGUGAUCUUCAAUGAGGAGGAAAUGAGAGAGUGCGGCAUUGACAUCACAGAAGCAUCAGUGUACUCAGGCGUGUGUACCCAGAUGUUCAAAGAGGAGGCUGGGCUGUACGAGGGGAAAGUGUUCUGCUUUGUGCAUCUCAGCAUUCAGGAGCAUCUUGCUGCAUUAUAUGUGCACCUCACUCUCACCAUCCACAAGGAAAACGUUCUUAAAAAAGUCACACUGUGUUCCAAGAUUAGCCAAUUCUUCAGGCUCACACCUGUUGCCGUGUCUGUGUAUGACCUGCAUAAGAGUGCAGUAGAUCUGGCCUUACGGAGUGAAAAUGGAUGCCUGGACCAUUUCCUCCGCUUCCUCCUGGGCCUUUCACUGAAGUCCAAUCAGAGCCUCUUGAGAGCUGUACUGCCACAGGCAACCAUUCAAUCACAGAGCACAGAUGAAACUGCCCUGUAUAUCAAGAAGAAGAUCAUGAGGAAUCCCUCAUCAGAGAAAUGUGUUAACCUCUUCCACUGCCUGAAUGAGCUGAAUGACCAGUCCCUUGUAGUAGAAAUCCAAAGCUUCCUGAAGACAUCAGGGAAACUAAUACAAGCCCCACUCACACCUGCACAGUGGUCAGCUGUGGGAUUUGUACUGCUGACUUCAGAAGAGGAGCUGGAUAUCUUUGACCUGAAUAAAUAUGGUGGAUCAGAGAUAUGUCUGUUGGGGCUGAUGCCAGUGGUCAAGACCUCCAGAAAAGCCAAUGUGAGUGCGUUGAGAUGUAUCAUGGUGUUUCCCCAGUCUGUUUUCCCCAGGCUGAAUGGCUGUGCAAAGGCUAGCAAUAUCUCUGCCGCCUCCCUUAUCUGGCAUUGGUGUCUCCUCAACAUGCUAGCCAGCAGCACCCAGCAGCAGUGGAAAAGCCAGGGCAAAAGCCAGGGCAAAAACCACAGAGCCAAUGGACCCAAUGUUGCUGACGGCGUGAGGGUAGCAGAGGAGGAUGGUCCACUGGUGGAGAACAAGCCCCAACGCGAGCACGAAGACCCAGUCCUCACCACGCCAGACAGGGCAGAGCCAAACACAGAGACCAAGACAGCCGCCAGAAGGAGCAAGAUCAAGUGGCCAAAGUCUAACAGAAGACCAUCCAAAGGGAGAAGGGAAGGAGAGAAAAGGAAAUCCUCCAACUGGUUCAAAGGCGACGGCAACUCCUGCAAUAACUGGAGAAAGGCAACACAGGCAGAGAAGGAAGGUUUGAAAGUCUUGUGGGAGGAGGUCAGGAAGAGGCUAGCCAUGCUACGCAGAGCUGAGCGCAUCCGGAAACGCAGCAAACGGAAGCAAAAAGAGCGAGACUGCUUCUUCAAGGACCCCUUCAAGCAUGCCAGACAGCUGCUGGAGGAGAAGAAGACUGGCAAGCUCGAAACCACCAGGGAGCAGUUGGAACAGCAUGUCAGAAAGCAGUAG